CCGGCAGAAUGGGGUUAGGGCGCUCCGGCCUCGGCGGGAAGCUGAGUCCCUACUCCCAGCCGGGGGCCCCGCCCGGCCUUCGCGGGGCGGGGGGCGCGCUCCGCAAAGGGGAAACUGAGGCCGAAGCAAUUUGGGUAUUUUUCUCAAAGUCACAAAGCUGAGUCCGACCCACACCUUGGGACCCCUACUCUCCAUCACCCGGAAGAAUCUUCCUUCCCAUUCUGUUCUCAGGCUUCCCAGUAAGGUAGGCAGGGCCUGAUGGUGCAUAGCCCCAUUUUAUAGAUGAAGAGACUGCCCCGAGGGUUCAAGCCCCAGUUCUGUUUGUCCGUGGGGAAGCCCUUCACCCUGACUAAGCACACAGCCCCAAGACUGCCCUUGACCACCUUCAGCCAAGCUAUGUAUGACAGAGGCCCCCCUGGCCUACUGUCCCCAGCACUGCCUCUUGCCUCCUCAGUCCUGAUGCUGCUAAUGAGCAGUCUGUGGCUGGUGGGGGCAGGUCCCAACCUUGCCCUGGCCCCGGAACUGCUGCUGGAUCCCUGGCAGGCACAUCGGCUGCUGACCCAUGCUCUGGGCCACACGGCUCUACCCAGCCUACUCCUGAGUCUGCUGCUCCUGCCUGUGCUCGGCUGGCAGCAGGAGUGCCACCUGGGCACACUGCGGUUCCUGCAUGCCUCCACUCUGCUCGCCCUGGUUGCCGGGCUAAUGGCUGUGCUGCUGGCAGGCCUCGGGAUGUCCGCUGCAGCCGGUGGCUGCGGGUACAUGCCUGUCCACCUGGCCAUGCUGGCAGGGCAGGGUUACCGCCCUAGAGGGCUCCAUGGGGCACUGCCACCGUGGCUAUUCCCAUGGUUGCUGCUUGCCCUGACAUCACUGCUCACCUCCGAGCCACCUUUCCUACAGCUCUUCUGUGGCCUCCUUGCUGGCCUGGCCUACGCAGCCGGGGCCUUCCGAUGGCUGGAGCUCUCCGAGCGGCAGCUGCAGGCGCUGCAGGAGGGCUGCUUGUGCAGGGUACUGGCGGGAUGCUGGCCACUCAGGCUCCUUCCCACCCCAGGCAGUGUGGCUGAGCUGCCUGUCACCCUUCCUGGAGUGAGGCUUUCCACACCUGGACCUCCUUACGUGGCCUCCUCUAGUCUCUGGUCCCACAGUGAAGGCUCAACUCUGUUCCCACUAGGCUCGGGGCCUGUGCAGCCGACCUGGGAGGGCUCCUCAGAGGUUGACCUGGCCUACACCGGGCCCAGCUUCCCCUCAGGGACCCCACUGUGGGCAGCCUUAGAUGAGCAGAUGCUGCAGAAGGGGAUCCAGGCUUCAGUCCUUGAGGGGCCAGCCCAGGUUCCCAAGAGCCCACUAUGGCUGCCCAAGUCCUCUGUCUCCUCUCUACGGCUGCAGCAGCUGGAGCGCAUGGGCUUCCCCAUGGAGCAGGCAGUGGUGGCACUAGCAGCCACAGGGCACGUGGAGGGUGCUGUGUCACUUCUGGUUGGCGGGGAAGUGGGCACUGAGGUCCUAGUGACUCAGGGGAGGGGGGGGCCUGCCCACCCUGAGGGCCUGGGCCCUCCUAGCACAGGCAGGCCCUCAGGUGACAAGAGUCCUGGCCUAUGAGUGGGCAGUCUGAGUCCCAGCCCUGUGUACUAAGCCACAGUGGGUGCAGGAGAAGCCCCUCCAGCACCCUGCCCUGGUACUGUUUAGAAUAAAAACCAGUUCACUUUUCAACCUGGACCUCCUUGGGGGCAGCAGUUGUAUCUGAUUCUUCUGUGUUGGCAUCAGGGGAUGAAUGAAUGAACAGUGAAUGAACAGCCAAUUUGUAGGAGAGCGGCUCCCUGAUGUCCAGACGCAGUGUUACUGUUCCAGGAAGUUAUGUCCUCUACCUUGGGUCUUUGCUGGGCUGGACCCCUGUUGAGGAGCAUUCUUCUUCUUUUUUUUAAAAUUUUGUUUCCUUUAUUGAUUUUAGGG